AUGCCACGAUGCUCGCUCGCUCGACAACGUUUCUAUGCUUCUACACUCGGUAAUAGCCGUCGGUUUUUGCACUCGGAAAAACCUUCUCAACACUCAGUUGCCGGUUUAGGCAUAGAAAAAACCUUUUCAACACUCAGUUGCCAGAUUAACUAUCAAGAUGGUUUUCAUCAUACAUCUGCUUUAAGCAUCUUAGCUCGUCACCCAAGGCUGAGUGAGAAAGACGUUUAUUAA